AUGGCGACGACGGCGACGACGACGAACGGGCUCCCGAGCCCCUCGCUCUCCCCAGACACAAAAACCAAGCCACAGGCCGACCUCGCUUCCCCCACCCGCGCCUCGCCCCAGAAACCAAAGCGCUCCCUCCGCAUCCUCUGCUUCGGCGACUCCCUGACGUCGGGCUACGCACAGCUGGGGGCCGUAGCGCACCCGUACUCGCAGCGCCUCACAUCCGUCCUGUCGGCCUCGUUCCCCUCGCUCAACAUCGACGCGCACACGGACGGCCUGCCGGGGGACCUCGUGUGCACGGCCGGGUCGCGCUUCCUGCGGCGCAUCGAGCCCAAGUUCCUGACGAAAGGGGGAGGGACCCCCUACGACUGGACCGUGGUCCUGGGCGGCACCAACGACCUCGCGUUCCAGUUCACCGCCGAGGACAUCUACAAGGCGCUGCGGGACGUGUGGGACGUCGCGCUCAGCAAGGGGGGCCGGGUCCUCGCGUGCACGGUGCCCGAGGCGGGCGCCAAGGGCAAGAUCGGGCAGAGGAUCAAGGCGAGGCGGGACGAGCUGAACGAGUUGAUAUUGAGCCACCGGCAGGAGAACUUCUUCACGUUCGACCUCAACACCGCGAUCCCGUUCUGGUCCCUGGCCCCGGAGGAGCGCAAGACCUACUGGGACGACCACAUCCACAUGACGCCCGCGGGCUACGACCUGAUGGGCGAGAAGAUCGCCGCCCGCCUCGUCGAGAUCAUCAUGCCGCCCGGGCGGCUGCAGCCCCAGCAGGCGAACGGAACCGGCGCGAGGCGGAAGAAGCUGUUCAAGGACGACGACAAGGUCUUCGAGGAGGAGGACGGCGACGAGCACAGGCUAGAGCACGGGUACUACGUCGUCAGGAGGAAGGACCUGGAGUAG